AACUCAGCUGCAGCUUUGGAAACAUUUCUGUAUUCUAACAACUGAUGUGCACAACACCGCAUCUGAUAGACCCACAUAUCUCCUAGAAGUGUUGAGAGGAUGCACCUCGAUAUGAAUCUCCUGCAGAUUCUUGCUGUGCUCUUCCUGCCAAGAGCUUGGUGUCAGAGCAGCAGGAUUGGGGGUGGUGUGGUGGAGACCAAGAAUAUUACCCUCCCUGCAGGUUCUAGAGCUGUCCUGCCCUGCCACAGCCCCCGCAUGGUGUGGACCCGGGACCAACUGAAGGACCGUCAGAGGGCAGUGCACUGGGACGUUGUCCACAGCAGCCCCGGAUUUUCAGGGGAACGAAUUUUGGACAUGUCACCUGGAGCUCGACAGAGGGUUUACAAUGGCUUCAAUAAGGGACGCAUUUCCAUCCCAGACUUUGCCUUCACUGAUGGAAAUUUCUCGCUUGUCAUCAACAAUGUAGUAUCAAGUGACAAAGGACUUUAUACUUGUAACUUGCACCACCAUUAUUGUCAGAUUGACGAGUCCAUUCAGAUCCAGCUCAAUGUCACUAAAUCAGUUCGGAAAGAGAAACGCUACUGGGAUGGAGAGAAGACUGUGUUUGUGGUCCUGUUGGGCAGCUCAGUUGUGCUGCCCUGUGUGAACCGGCGGGCCCUGUGGAGAGAUGGUCUCCAGGAGGACCAGCAGCAGGUGGCCCACUGGGACUUCCAGCCCCCUGGGGUACGUCCCAACAAGGCUGACCGACUGGUGGACCUCUACGCCUCUGGAGAGCGAAGGGAUUAUGGGCCUCUGUUUGCCCAGAGCAAGAUGAGCGUGGCGGAGGACGCUUUCACGUUCGGGGACUUCUCACUUUCCAUCUCUGACCUGAAGCCUGCAGAUAAAGGCCUGUACUCCUGCCACUUGCACCACCACUAUUGUGGUCUGCAUGAGAGGCGCAUCUUCAGGCUCACCGUGACACCUCCACUUCUGCGCGAACCCACAACAUCUCCUAGAGUCUUCUUGAAUGAUGAGCUAGAACCAAAGACAGAGAGGGUCUCAACAGAUAAAGAUAAUCCACGUGUGGUAAAUUUCUUCCUCCCUGAACAACGAGGUUAUUUCGUGCAGCAUCUGGGCUACUUCCUGGCAACCUUCCUGCUGCUGGCGUUCAUUGUCUUCGCUGUCAUCGUGUUGACUAGGCGACGAAAAAAGAGAGGGCUGGAGUAUGAAACGGGUAGAUCUGUUGGGGGCAAUGUGAUCAGUGGUGGUGAAAUAGAAUUAGAUUGCACAGAGAUGAGGACUUGCAAUCAAGACCCUUUGAAUUCAGAAUACAAAAACAACCUAAUGAAAGAAAGAGAUAUGGUUAAAGAGUGCAAUAAGGAAUUCGAUGGGAAGAUGUGGAAGUGAGUGUGAUAUUUCUGAUUUGCUGCUGGCAGGUCCAGGGCAUUCAACGGAGGCGUAAAGAACAGAAAAAACAAAGAAGGAAAAAAUGUAAUAAUAAUACAGGAAAUCCAGGAGAAAAGACAGGAGGAUUACUCCCUCUGGUGUACCAUGAGCAAAACUUUUUCACUUGAAGAAUUUACUUUUUCUUUUCAACAUUUUCUUUUUCUUUUAUAUGUAUAACUUUCAUCAGCAAAACUAUAUGGUUACAUGAUUUUGUCCAUAUAUUUUCUUUACUGUUGUUUAAAAGCAUUAAGUUUAUUGAGAUUUGUUCUUAAUGUUAAUGUUUUACACAAAUUUAGUUUUACUGUAAUCUGUAAAACAUAAUUGAAGAUAUUUCAAAGGUCAGUUUAGGAUAAAAACACACUUAAAUCAGUGAUGGAUCUUAAUAUAGGCAUUAUGGUUCUCGGCCCAGGGUGGGAUCUUGUUGGGAGUAGACUCUGUGGACUGUGGCGUGUCUGUCAGUUCCACCUGAAUGAGCUUUCUAUUGCAUAUUUCCUUGUCCGGUCCACUGGGGAAUGGGCGCCUCACUGUGUUGUGAAGGCACGCCUGCCCCCAUUGGUUCACCUAUGGAGGCCAAAGUCAACCACAACUCUAAUUUCAUCGAAAGGCAGUCAUUUACUUUUAAAAUUUCCUAAAUGGGCUCAUAUAGUUUUACAUAUACAUGUUUUCGGUAUCUAGUAGCUACAAAAUAAUGAUAUGCAAAUCUGUGCAUUACAAGGGUGAAUUAGCUUAGUCUAGACUCUGGAAUGACAGUGUUUUAGGACAGAGUUCAAGGUAUGGCUGUGCAGUAUAAAAUGCAGUUCUGGGGUAUAGUAAAUAUAAUCCCUUAAAAUCUGCACCCGGCCACCUUUGUCGAAUGUCUCCCCCUCUCUUUGCCCUCUUUCCUGUCUACCUACUGUCGAAAAAUGAAAAAUAAACGCCUCUAGGGCAGCAAAAAAAUAUUAAAAUCCGGGGGUUUUAUUAUGUGGGUUAAAGUGUAGCGGGGUUGGGUGCACAUGGAGAAGUUAACCCAGGAAACCAUUCAUGGUUGGAAACUGCUUCCUAACUGCAUUUCUUUUAAUGGACUAAAAAACCCAAGCUUAUUUCCUCAACUGUGGCAUCCCAUUUAAAGGUUUUCUUGAAAAGAAAAAACUCCCACCAUUGACUUUUGCUCACGGCGAACAUUGUCAAUUUGUCAGGUAAAAUAAUAUUUUGAUAACAUCAUAGUAUAAGGGCUCAGUCAUUGGAAACUCAGAAAAUAUCUGAAUAUUCCAUUAAAAGACUUAACUGUACUUGUUUGCAUUAAUUAUGUACAUUGUAAUAUCCUGGUUAGUAAAUCACUGAAUUUUUGUUAAGGUAACCUGCAUGUCAAACAUACAUAUGUUAUCAACUACGUGGCUUCUGUCAGGUAUUAGUAGUCGGUUAUUGUACAUCACAAACUGUAGCCCAGCCUCUCACUUAUUUGCAAACUUCAGUGCCUGUCUCUCUUAAUUAAAGAUUUUUUCUCAUUGCAAAUACAUCUGUGGCUGGAUUACUAAAUGGUGCUUGGAAAAAGAUUUUACCGUGUUUAAAUGAUAAAUUUGAACCCUUUGGUCAUUAAAAUGUUUUCAGAUGUAUCAAAAAUAUGACAAUAUAAUCAAACUCAUUUGAGUAAUUCGAUUAAAAAGCUUAUUUAUUUUUUUCUCAUAAAUUAUUUUGUUUUAUUAUACACAAAAUGAUACAUUUAAAAAGCUUAUUUCUUUUAAUUAUGAUGAUUAUGGCCUACAAAUACAAGUUUUUCAGAAAAUCUGAUUUUUUUCAUAAAACCAAUAGAAACAAUUAGAUUCUUACAGAAAUCUAAUUGCUACACAAUCAUGGGAAAUCUGCUGACUUCAAAAUAUUCCAGCAUACUAUUAUUGACACCCUACAGAAGGAGGAAAAGCCGCAAAAACUGGAAAGUUGAGGAGAAGGAAAAAUGGGGUAGAAAAAUUUCCACAAGCGACAGACAAUAGGACAAAGCCCACCUGCUGAAUUUUAAGGAGAUUCACAAGGCGUCAACUGUUCAAGGCGUUCAAGAGAAAUGCACAUGCAGCGAGAUAUCCAGGACAUGGGCUAUCACAGUUACAUUCCUUGUGCUACUCCUGAACCAGAGACAAAGUCAGAACCUUCCUACCUGGGCUAACUAGAAAAAAGACAGGACUGUUGCUUCGUGGUCCAAAAUAUUUUUUUAAAGAAAUUAAAUAUAGCAUUUCAUUUGGAAUAUAAAGUUCCAGAGUCUGAAAGAAAAGUGCAAAAGCACAGAACCCAAGUUGAGUGCCAUGUCAGUUGCAGGUGCUGGCCUGCAACUGAUGAUAAAGAUGAUAAUACACAAGCACAAAAUUAAUAUUUCUUAAAGGAAUAAUUGAGAAUAUUUGAAGAGAGGUUAUGUGAAAAGUUUAUAAUCAGUUCUACUGUGUUUUAUCAAGCCCAAAGACCACAGUAGUAGGACAUUUUUGUCUGAUAAACUCAAUAGAGAUGCUGUUUUCAUUUUCCAGGAGGACUUGGUACUUGCCCACACUGCUAAAACUAAAAUUGUUUUGGGUUUGUCAUCUGUGAGCACUAAUCAUUAAAAUUAUAUGAACACUUGAAAUGUAUCAGUGUAAUGAAUCUAUAUGAUUUGAAUAAAAAUACAAAAGAAAUUCA